UUUCUCUCCGCCAUGCUCCGCAUAUCCUUUCCCCUCUUGCCCUCAUAGCUCCUGAUGCCCGGCAUCCCGUUGAUUCCGUUACUUCCCUUAUCAACCUCCAACUGUUGGAUGUCGUCGUGGGUGUCCCUUUUUUUGUCUUUUUUUCCUUUUCCUUUUCUUUCACUGAGAGCUCUUACUCCCGCAGCUGGACCUGAGCUAAUCUGUCCGAUCAUCUGCCCGGAACAGCUGUUGAUUUAUCCUUUCUAGUACUCGCCGUGACUACAACCGACUGACUCCCUCGAUCGUGAAGAGCGGAUCACACUCCCAUCGCUGUCACCUGCUUGGGCACCCCGGGUUAUACAGCAACGACCACACCUUCUGAACCCUGUUCUUUUCCCACUUGCGUCGUGGCCCACCUUCGUUAUCUUGACCCAAAAUGCGACCCUUCAUAGAUGACACAAAGCGGCGAGUCGACCGUCGGCUCAGCGCAAGCAGGCAGUCGAUAUCCAACAGCCGCAUAUUCUCUAGCGUUCUCCCCGAACGGCUAAAAGACGACCAUGACGCACAGGUCGAUUUCACAGCACCCCCGGGCGGGAUCGGAUCGCGGGAUGGUCACCUGCAGUAUAUGCAGCAGUCUAUAUUCUCCAUGAUCGCGGCCGUGGGCUCCAGGUCGGACUUCCAUGCGCGCUUCGAGGAUUCCAGUGAUAGUGAUGGUGAGACAGAGGAUCGCCCUCGGAAAGAUUAUGGGAACAUGGCUGCCACAGCUGGCGCACUACCCAGCAAGAGCGAACGGGAAACACAGCCGUCGUCAUCCAAACCGCAGAGUCCAACCCCGGAACGAGGACGUCGCCAUCGAAGGUCAAUCUCGGAACAUAAGUUAUUACGACCAUUGAAAUUGAUUUCCAGGAUUGAUAAAGGGGAACAGCCCACUGUACAGUCUGAGCCUCCGACGGGGGAUGAAAUGUCCCGAGCCUCCACCCCUAAACGCCCUCGCAGUGUCACUCCCCGGGCAGCCCCUGUACUAAGUCGCAUGGUGGAAGCACAGGCCCUCCUGGACACAGACGGCUCAACCGAAGGCACCCAGUCUGGGACGGAAGAGAAAGAUGAGGGAGACUCCGAGCCGUCUGCGUCCGCGCUGUCUCUCCGAUUGCAGGAGAUGUUCGGCUUUAAGACGCCAGAGAAGGUAGUUGUCGAGUAUGCAUGCUCUCUGCUGCAAAGUAUGCUGCUGCAGGGGUACAUGUAUGUCACAGAGGGACACAUCUGCUUCUACGCCUACCUUCCCAAGAAAUCUACCGUGGCUAUCAAAUCCGGGUAUCUGCACAAACGUGGUCGGAAGAACCCCAAGUAUAACCGGUAUUGGUUCUCGCUGAAAGGGGAUGUUCUCUCAUACUAUGCCGACCCAUCAAAUCUUUACUUCCCCAGCGGCCACGUCGAUCUACGAUACGGAAUCUCCGCUUCUCUGGCCGAUUCGAAGGAAAAAGGACAUGAUACUCGGGAUUUUCAAGUCACAACGGAUCAACGAACGUAUUAUUUCAGGGCUGAUAGCUCUGCCAGCGCCAAGGAGUGGGUUAAAGCUUUGCAGAAAGUCAUCUUUCGAACCCACAACGACGGCGAGAGCAUCAAGAUUUCCUUUCCAACUAAGAGUAUCAUUGACAUCGAGGAGAGCCCCAUGGUCGAGUUCGCUGAAACGUUCAAGAUACGGGUGGUUGAGAGUGAGGAGACGUUCGCAAUUGACGAGUUCUAUUUCACAUUCUUCAACUAUGGCCAGGAUGCGUUCAAUUUCCUUAAAGGCCUAGUGGGUGAUUCUUCACUGAACCGAUCUCAAGUCUUAUCGCCCCAGCCAGAUCACAUGGCUCGUUCUCGCCGUUCUCGAGCGUCCCAGAAUAGAUGGUCCCUGACCAGUGCGACCAGCCAACCUCGAGCCAUCGGAAAUGCCAGCGCGCAACGACUGAGAAGCGCAAGCACUGGCCAAUUCGGGUUUGGCCAUGAUGCCCUUACGAUGUCUCCACCACCAAGACAGCAGGACUCGUCUCUAUCAUUCGGCAACUCCAUGGAGCAGGCAACUGACUCGUCAGCUAUCUUGCAGUCGAUGACCGAUACAGCCGAAUCCGCGAGCCAGAUAUUGAACCGAAGCGACGUUUUCCAAUCGCCUACGAUUCACACUCUGCGGAGGGGGCCCGAUAAAAGCAGUGCUCGUCGGCACUCAGAUGAGACGGCUCGGUCGGUGCACACGCACGCCGGGCCAAGAUAUACGAAAGAUGGGCAAGAGAUUCAGUAUGCCAUGAGCGAUUCUGACCAAUGCACUCAUAGUCCCUCUAAGAGUACCACUGGGCCCACCUUGAACGAGAUUGUUAAAGCUGGAACUUACCCACUGCAACGCGCGGCGGGUUUUGCGGAAUACCUGAAAUCCCGAUCAAAGCAGAUGAGCAACUUACUGGCAAGUGAAUCAAUGGGGUAUAUAGAAAAGGUCUCUGGUAUGUGGGCGGGUAACCGCAAGCAUUACGGGGAGUACGAAGGCAUACUCCCGGAUGAUCAGGCAGUUGACCCCGAAGACAAAGACACUGGCUGCAAGGAUGGCGACCGAUUCCGUGCGCACUUUGCCCUUCCGUCGACCGAAAAGCUGCAGGCUACCUAUUACGCAUACCUACACCGUGUGCUCCCGUUGUACGGUAAAAUAUAUAUCAGCCAGAAGAAGCUCUGCUUUCGGAGUCUUCUCCCGGGAACUCGGACGAAGAUGAUACUGCCUUUGAAAGAUGUCGAGAACGUGGAUAAGGAAAAAGGGUUCCGCUUUGGCUACCAUGGGCUUGUCGUGGUCAUCCGCGGCCACGAAGAAUUGUUCUUCGAGUUCAGCGCCUCUGAUGCCCGAGACGAUUGUGCCGUUACGUUACACCAGGGCCUUGAAUCCAUGAAGUUUUUGGCGGAGUCAGGAUACCUUGCAGAAGAAGAGGAGAAAUACGAGUCCGAAGCAGCAAGCGCUGAGCACCGCAUGCUACAGGAAGCGAGGCUGGAUACUUCGGGGAUGCAGAGUUCCCACUCAAUGCUGGCCGAGUCUUCCGAACUGCACCCAAUCUUUGAUGAUCCCCGCGCCUCGAUCAUCAAUUUCAAGCCUACCGAGUCCCUGAGAAUCACUUGUCUUACCAUCGGUUCACGCGGUGAUGUACAACCCUAUAUUGCAUUGUGCAAAGGGUUGCUUGCUGAGGGUCACCGGCCUAAGAUCGCAACCCAUGCCGAGUUUGAGCCCUGGGUGAGGAAGCAUGGGAUCGACUUUGCUUCAGUUGAUGGAGAUCCAGCAGAGCUUAUGCGGAUAUGUGUUGAGAAUGGGAUGUUCACCUACUCUUUUCUCAAGGAGGCUUCACUGAAGUUCCGUGGCUGGAUUGAUGACCUGCUAUCCUCUGCGUGGAGAGCUUGCCAGGAUAGCGACCUCCUCAUCGAAUCCCCCAGCGCAAUGGCCGGUAUACAUAUCGCCGAGGCCCUCCGGAUCCCUUACUUCCGUGCCUUCACAAUGCCUUGGUCAAGAACACGAGCAUAUCCACAUGCAUUCGCUGUCCCGGAGUAUAAAAUGGGCGGUGCAUACAACUACAUCACAUAUGUCAUGUUUGACAAUGUCUUCUGGAAGGCGAUCGCGGGACAGGUGAACCGCUGGAGAAAGAAAGAGCUGGGGCUCAAAGCGACCGGCUUGGACAAGAUGCAGCCGAACAAAGUCCCGUUCCUUUACAACUACUCGCCUUCUGUAGUGCCCCCACCACUCGACUACCCGGACUGGAUUCGCAUCACAGGGUACUGGUUCCUGAGCGAAGGGAACAACUGGACACCACCAGCAGGGCUGAUCCAGUUCAUCCAACGCGCUCGCGAGGAUGGCAAGAAGAUUGUCUACAUUGGGUUCGGGUCGAUCGUUGUGUCAGACCCGUCCGCGCUCACGCGAACAGUUGUCGAAUCUGUACAGAAGGCCGACGUUCGCUGUAUCCUUUCUAAGGGCUGGUCUGAUCGUCUCGGAGACCCGGCCAGUGCAAAGUCGGAAAUCCCUCUGCCUCCCGAAAUCUUCCAGAUUCAGUCAGCACCCCAUGACUGGCUCUUCUCCCAGAUUGAUGCUGCCGCGCACCACGGAGGGGCUGGUACCACAGGAGCCAGCCUGCGUGCGGGUGUGCCUACCAUCAUCAAGCCCUUCUUUGGAGACCAAUUUUUCUUCGGAACGAGAGUUGAAGACUUGGGGGUAGGAAUCUGUAUGAAGAAGCUUAACGUGAGCGUAUUCUCGCGGGCUCUCUGGGAGGCCACCCACAGUGAGCGGAUGAUCGCGAAAGCCCGGGAGCUAGGCGUGCAAAUCCGGAGUGAGGAUGGAGUGGAUACUGCCAUCCAGGCAAUUUACCGGGAUCUCGAGUACGCCAAAACCUUGGCUCGUCAGCGCUCCAUCGUCUCGUCAACGCCAUUUUCUCCCACCCCCACGGCCAAGACCGUGGCGGAACAAGAAGCCGACGAUGAUGUCGCCGAGGCCGACAUCGAGGAGUGGACAUUUGUGGAUGAUGCCGAUAUCCAAGCAAGA